AUGUAUGAGAAGCAAUAUACUCCCUCACUGCACCAAUAUACGAUGGGUAAAAUACUGACUUCAAGGAGACUGAAAAUCGUUUGCACUGUCACUCUAUUGAUUAUCGUCCUUUGUGGUGCGUCCCUUUAUAGCAACGUAUACAUAGACCAGUUUACCACGACCACGACAGGCAAGACCAUCAUUCCAACGACAUCACAUCUGAAUGGCAUCAAUUUGAAAACUUACUCUGCGUCCGCCGACCUGCACACCUUGCGGGAUCAGCUGACAUACACCUUUCCGUACCACUCCGAACAGGCCAUACCCAAGAUCAUAUGGCAGACUUGGAAGACCGGCCCAGCAGACUCCUCGUUCCCUACCAACUUCAGAAACACGCAAAAGAAAUGGACCCAGCGGGCUCAGGACCAAGGGUUCCAGUACUCCCUGAUCACAGACGACGUCGCCGGCUCGCUGCUGGAAAACUUGUACGCCGAGACACCCCUCGUGCUUCAGGCGUAUAACUUGCUGCCAACCGUGAUCCUGAAAGCUGACUUCUUUAGGUACUUGAUCCUGUUCGCUAGAGGUGGGAUCUACUCCGAUAUGGACACCGUUCCGUUGAAAAGCUUGAACGAGUGGGGGUCCGUCACGGGAAGCAAGAUGAACCAACUGGUGAUGGAUCACAGACAGUCGUUUAUACCGUAUAAGAACAUCGAUAGAGACCAGUUGUCAGCGACUCGUGCGGCACAACAACCCGGGCUGGUCAUCGGGAUCGAAGCCGAUCCGGAUAGAGACGACUGGCAGGAAUGGUACGCUCGGAGAAUCCAGUUCUGCCAAUGGACCAUGCAAGCGAAACCGGGCCAUCCGUUGUUAAGAGAACUGAUUUUGAAUAUCACUGCAACUACAUUGCAAAGUGUUGCUGGCAGUGCCUCGGCGUCAAAGAAUGGCGUCCAGUUGUUGGAUCCAAGCAACUUGAAAGAUUAUAACGUGAAUUAUAGAUGGUUAAGAGGACAGGACCCAAAAUAUGAUCAUAAUCAAUUGAAGACAAAGAAAAACGUUGACGGAACAGAUAUUAUGAAUUGGACAGGACCAGGGAUCUUCACCGAUAUCGUCUUUGAAUAUUUUUCAAAUUUGAUUCAAUCAAAUAGAAACAUCCUCUUGUUGAACCCGGAUCUAACAAAACAAACGUCAGAGAUUGACGCUUCCUCCUCGGCAGUUGUAAGUAACAAGAGUAUCAAACGAUUCUAUCAGAAGAUUAAUGAGGACUUGCAGACAUCGGCGAAAUUACCUUGGGAAUUCUUUGCAUUCAUUGAAUCGCCAACCUUGGUCGAUGACGUCAUGGUGUUGCCAAUCACAGCUUUCUCUCCAGGUGUAGGACAAAUGGAGGCUCGUGGCACAGAUGAUCCAAUGGCUCUAGUGGAACAUUUGUUCUCGGGCACUUGGAAGGAAUCGGCAGAUAGCAACGCUAAACAAUCCAAUUCAAAUGGUGGUAUCCCACCUGUCCCUGCAUGA